GCCACACUGACCUUUAAUCUCUUUCUUCAAAUAACAUGGACCGGUACGCAAAAAUCGAAAAAGUUGGGGAGGGAACCUAUGGAGUCGUUUACAAAGCGCGCGAUGUCUCUACAAACCAGAUAGUCGCACUCAAGAAAAUUCGUUUGGAAGCAGAAGAUGAAGGAGUGCCCAGUACAGCCAUUCGUGAAAUAAGCCUUUUGAAAGAAUUGAAAGAUGAGAACAUUGUUCGGCUCCUUGACAUUGUGCACGCCGACCAAAAACUUUACCUAGUUUUCGAGUUCCUCGACGUUGACUUGAAACGCUAUAUGGAGAACGCCAAUAGCAGCGGUACGCCACUUACCACCGAUAUCGUUAAAAAAUUUACUCAUCAACUUAGCUCUGGUCUCCUGUAUUGUCACUCCCAUCGCAUUCUUCACAGGGACCUUAAACCGCAGAAUCUCCUAAUCGACAAACGCAAUAAUCUCAAACUUGCUGAUUUCGGGCUAGCACGAGCGUUCGGUAUUCCUAUGAGGACUUAUACACACGAAGUUGUUACACUAUGGUAUCGCGCCCCUGAAGUGCUGCUUGGCUCUCGCCAUUAUUCAACCGCAAUUGACAUGUGGUCUGUCGGAUGCAUAUUAGCCGAGAUGAUUAUGAAAGGCAAUCCCCUCUUCCCCGGCGACUCAGAAAUCGACCAGAUUUUCAAGAUAUUUAGAAUUCUUGGAACGCCGGACGAGCAGAGCUGGCCAGGAGUCAGUCAGCUUCCCGAUUAUAAACCGACUUUUCCUCAGUGGUCUCGACAAGACUUGCGGAGUAUAGUCCCUUUAUUAGAUGAAACUGGUAUCGACCUCCUAAAACGGACAUUAACGUAUGAUACGGCAAAGAGAAUUUCAGCAAAACGUGCCAUCAACCACCCGUGGUUUGAUCACUACAAGGCUUGAUACUUCAAACCUCUGUUUGUUUCUGCUAUGCCAUUUCCUUAACCUCGCCUGUGUUCCCUUGGCUGCAUAUCUCUUCUUGCAUGUUUUUCUGUUGAAGCGUAAAGAUCGACGUACAAUACAACACAUAGUUUAUUAUGUAUAAGCUGCUGCAUUGUCUUCGUUGUUACAUUGCACAAUGUUUCCUCUCCUUGUCUCGUGAGUAUCUAUGGGAUAUCUGGGGACAUGUUGGCUGCUUGCCACCUGCACUGGUUUUUAUAUAUCUUCCAUAUACAUUGCAGUCCUCCCAGUGCUAUCACAGUAUGUUGUCAUCAUCGUUUGUUCCGACGCUGCCCUCGAAUUGUGCCAAAACUCGUGCGCAUAGGUAAAUUUAUAAAAGUUUCUUGUUCAAAUUUGCAC